UGUUUUUCUUGACACAUCCCAUAUAACCUAGCACGAGCCAUGCAUUUCUCAUACCUCCGAGUCGUCGCAGUCGUUGCAGCUUUGACAAGAAUUAUACCUGUCAGCGCAGAUUGGUGUGCGCCCUUAGACCGUGCUUGUGGCCCGACCAGCCCGGAAGGCCUCACAUGCUGCAUUGGCCUUGUGUGUCCGCAUGCUUUGCGCCUUGUACCAGUCCGGAAGUACCCUCGUGUGCUGCCAGAGCAAGUCCGGAUGAGCUUGGCAAACUGAGCAUGUCACAAUAGUGAGUCUUAUCUCUUUCGCGUUGGCACAGUGCUU